AUGGCUUCGCUAAACGGAAAACCUGAUGUUAUGUUUGAGGACGAUGAUCUGCCUUAUGAAGAGGAGAUUAUCAGGAACCCAUACUCGGUCAAGUGCUGGAUGCGUUACAUUGAAUUCAAACAGAAUGCAGCCAAAUCCAUCCUGAACAUGAUCUAUGAGCGGGCUAUCAAAGAGCUGCCUGGCAGUUAUAAGCUGUGGUACAAUUAUCUGAGAGAGAGACGGAAACAAGUCAAAGGAAAAUGUGUCACUGAACCAGGCUAUGAAGAGGUCAACAAUUGCCAUGAAAGGGCAUUGGUGUUCAUGCACAAGAUGCCGCGGAUAUGGCUUGAUUACUGCCAGUUCCUUGUGUCUCAAUCCAAGAUCACAAGAAGUCGGCAAACAUUUGACCGAGGGCUCAGAGCUCUUCCUGUUACUCAGCAUCCGCGUAUCUGGCCUCUGUAUCUCCGCUUUGUCCGUAACCUGCCCUUGCCUGAAACAGCCAUCCGGGUGUACCGUAGGUACCUUAAGCUUUCUCCAGAGAAUGCAGAGGAAUACAUAGACUACUUGCGUUCGGUUGGACGCUUGGAUGAAGCUGCUUUGAGACUAGCAGCUGUUGUCAAUGAUGAAGGUUUUGUGUCCAAAGAGGGCAAGUCUAACUAUCAGCUGUGGCAUGAACUCUGCGACCUGAUCUCCCAGAACCCUGAUAAAGUGACCUCUCUGAAUGUCGGAGCCAUCAUCCGAGGAGGCCUCACUCGCUUCACAGACCAACUUGGAAAACUCUGGUGCUCAUUAGCUGACUAUUACAUCAGGAGUGGUCACUUUGAGAAGGCCCGUGAUGUGUAUGAGGAGGCCAUCCUUACGGUGGUUACUGUAAGGGAUUUCACACAAGUCUUUGAUAGUUAUGCCCAGUUUGAAGAGAGCAUGAUUGCGGCGAAGAUGGAGACCACUGCUGAGAUGGGGAAGGAUGAAGAUGAGGAUGUAGACAUGGAGCUCAGACUGGCCCGCUUUGAGCAGCUGAUAGCCCGACGACCCCUCCUGUUGAACAGUGUUCUACUGCGACAGAACCCUCAUAAUGUCCAUGAGUGGCACAAGCGGGUAAAACUCUAUGAGGGUAAUGCACGGCAGAUCAUCAACACAUACACUGAGGCAGUGCAGACUGUGGAUCCAAUGAAGGCCACAGGGAAGCCUCACUCUCUCUGGGUUUCCUUUGCUAAAUUCUAUGAAGAAAAUGAGCAGCUGGAUGAUGCCAGGACCAUUUUUGAGAAGGCUACCAAGGUGAACUACAAGCAGGUGGAUGACCUUGCUGCUGUGUGGUGUGAAUAUGGAGAGAUGGAGCUACGCCAUGAGAACUAUGAACAGGCACUGCGCAUCCUGAGGAAAGCUACAGCCAUCCCAUCCAAGAAAGCCGAGUACUUUGAUGUAUCUGAGCCAGUCCAAAACAGAGUUUACAAGUCCUUGAAGGUCUGGUCCAUGCUGGCGGACUUGGAGGAGAGUCUCGGCACUUUUCAGUCUACAAAAGCAGUGUAUGAUCGCAUCAUUGACCUCCGCAUCGCCACACCACAGAUCAUCAUCAAUUAUGCCAUGUUCCUUGAAGAGCACAACUACUUUGAGGAAAGCUUUAAGGCAUAUGAGCGCGGUAUUGCUCUCUUCAGGUGGCCAAAUGUUUACGACAUCUGGAACACUUACCUCACCAAGUUCAUUGAUCGUUAUGGGGGCAAGAAGCUGGAGCGAGCUAGAGAUUUAUUUGAACAAUCCCUGGAUGGCUGCCCAGCCAAGUUUGCCAAGACCAUUUACCUGUUGUAUGCCAAAUUGGAGGAGGGAUAUGGAUUGGCACGACAUGCCAUGGCCGUCUAUGAAAGAGCAACGCAGGCAGUAGAUAAUGUGGAGAGACAUCACAUGUUCAAUAUCUACAUCAAGAGAGCAGCUGAAAUUUAUGGAGUCACGUACACCAGAGCAAUAUACCAGAAAGCUAUCGAGGUCCUUCCUGAUGAGCAUGCCAGGGACAUGUGCCAGCGAUUUGCUGACAUGGAGAGUAAACUUGGUGAGAUUGAUCGGGCCAGAGCAAUCUACUCCUACUGCUCCCAGAUCUGUGACCCAAGGGUGACUGCCAAUUUCUGGCAGGCAUGGAAAGAAUUUGAGAUCCGCCAUGGAAAUGAAGACACGAUUAGAGAAAUGCUGAGGAUCAAACGUAGUGUCCAAGCCACAUACAACACCCAGGUCAACUUUAUGACCUCUCAGAUGAUGAAGGCCACAACCAGCUCCACAGUCUCCGAUCUUGCUCCAGGCCAAAUGGGAAUUGAUGACAUGAAAAUGCUGGAGCAUAAAGCCCAGCAGCUUGCUGCAGAGGCUGAGCAGGACAAACCAAAGCCCAAGGACAAGAUUCUCUUCGUCAGGAGUGACGCCUCUCGCAGUGAGUUGGCUGAGCUUGCCAAACAAGCCAAUCCUGAUGAGAUCGACAUUGAUGAUGACGAGGAUGAAGAUGAUGAUGAUAACCAGGGACCAGAAGAGGUGCAGCUUGAACAGAAGAGUGUCCCUACGGCUGUCUUUGGAGGGCUUAAAGAGGACUGAAAAAUGCCUUCCUCACCUUCUGAUUUCUCUUGUCGACAUUUAAUAUGCUCUUUUUUUUUUUUGUAAAAUUGCCUAGCUGUAUCCAUUUCAUUUAAAAAGACUUUGACAUGAGUGAGAAACUGAUUAGCAGCUUUUUUGCCUUCUAUUGAUUUUCUGGUGGAUUUUUGUAGUUUAGUAUACAAAGAUAUGAACUUGUAUUACUAUUGGCCAUAUGGUGUCGGGCUUUCUCAAGUAUGAAGCUCAAGAUAAUCGAGCAGUUUUCUGUUAUGAGAUACGAAUGUGCGGUUACAUGAUAACUGUAAGUCUGAUGUAGUUUGACUUUGUUUCCGAACAACAUUUUGUAAAAGAAUUCUAAGUGAAAUCACUUAUGUAAACCUAAUAAAUGCAGAGAUAUUUUCUCUGACAGGAAGCUCUGCUCUAGAGAACACGGGGGAGGAGCAUAGUUUCUUUUUCAACAGGAGGCAUUCAUUUGAAAGCAGAGCUGAGCAUUCAAGCCUCACAUUGUUGGUUUGAGGAUCACUAGUAGGUGGGUGUCUUGCAUAACCCAAUGAUCUUGAAUAGAUUCCAUAUUAUUCCAUUUUAUACAUAUGUCACCAUCCAAUUAACAAAAUCAUGCUCUGGUUGAACAUGCAUGUACAAGUACACUGACAUGCACCAUCAGAGCUUGUACAGUUGAAUAAUAAUAGGGCUGUAAAACAUUUAACUACUUAAAGGUCAAAAGCUUUGCCGUCAGUUCCUAAUGUCCUAAUGUCUUUUGUGAUGGGUGCAGGUGGUUAGCGUUCCCUGGGCAUUUCUUAGGCUGAAGGUAGUAAUGCUAUAAAAUGUAUUUUAUUCAGUGUUGAGUGUCGCCUUAUGACCUGAUGCCGUCUGUCAGUUUUUGGUAUACAACAGUUUUGAAGUUUUAUUGCCACAACACAAUGUUUGUGAGUCUAAAUCAACUAGCUGGUCUCUUCAAAUGUCUGAAACUUUCGUAACGUUGUCUUGAAAAUGCAGUUGUAAUAAGAAAAUAAAAAAAAAAGAUUUA